AUGCCGUCGCCGCAACCAGCAUCAGGGACGUCCGAGCCUGGGGGCAAAACACGAGGGCUGGCAGCGAACAAGAGGUCAGACGUAUCAUUAUCCGCGGCGCACCACGGAGGCGUCUCUACCCGACACAUCUCCCUCAUCCUCCUGCACUUGCACACAGCCACAGCUUUUGAAUACACCGUGUUUGGUGGCAUCAUCAUACGAUCAUCAUCUGCCCAAACGGCAGCCCGCAUAACGUCAUCCAUCGCCUCUGCCUGCUUCCCCGUCUCGUCUGCUUUUCUGCUUCUGGUUCGCUUUCUGCGCGCCGCGCUCUCCUGA